GUAUGAUUGACUGACUGUUGGAUCAAAAAUGGAUGUCUAGUAAUGACAAUACAAACCACACGAAAGACACUAUUAUUAUUGUGAUUGCAUUUCCCGAACCACUCAUCCGUUGACCACAUUCUUGCCAUUCAAACACACUAUCAUUGACUCUAUGCCCGAGUGCUGACCGCAAACACACCAAUCGGUGACCAACUCGAGUGAUAAUCGCCACAAACACCACUCCCGAUGACUGUUUACUAGUGAGGAUCAACGCGACAACUGAUCCGUGUCUUUGAUUUGGUCUCUCAUUUUGUGGCCACAAAUGUAUGGCUUAAGUGUCUGUCUUUCACACCAAACAUAUUAAAUCAAAAACGAUUCAUACGAUUAACGAUUGGUUUUUGAAAUGAUAGACAACUCUUGUAAUCAAGAAAAUCAUGAAUUUACCCAAUUAUACCUACUGUUUAGAUAUGGUAGUCAUCCUCAAUGGCAAAAGUUGUGCCACCGAUGAGACCCGAGACUUGUCCGAAGAGCAACUGAAGGAUGUGUUGGAUCAGUUGACUGAUCACACGGUGCCCGACAGAGAGAAGUGUCCAUUAGUUCAACGAUUGAAUGCUGAAAAUGCAUUUAAAGAAGAGAAGUCGGAGAAACUAUUGACGCGUUUCAUCCAGAGAUCGACCGCCUCUUCUUCGGCGCCCAACCCUUCGCGCAAUCAUCGAAAACAUCGUUUACAGAGAAGCAGUUCAAAGGAUGCCGAGAAGAGUAACGGCGCCGCAGCCGUAGGAAAGGCCGUUCACUCGUCUCAAUCGCUGCAAGACUUGAUGAGUGCCAGUAGUUUCCACACAGAGUCCGACUUCAAGCCAUCAUUAAUGCGGUCAAUCGGUGCCAAUCAUAACAGGAGCGGCGCCGGCAAACUGGUCCAAAGCCGCCAUAACUCCAUCACAUCUCAGUUUUAUAACAAUAAUAAUAACAGUAAUAAUAAUUCAAAUAAAGAAGAUAUGAGUGAAGUGUCAUCAGUGGCCGACACGAGAACUAAUAGUCAGACACCGAUACCGAACUCAUUGAAAGGCGCCCGCAAUAAAAGCCUUAAUAAAGGGCAUACCUCUCAACAGAUGACCACUACUUCAUCGACGGGCGCCACAGCCGUGACCGCAGAGGCGGCCGGCGAUGAGUCGGGUGUCUGUGAGCCGCCAACCAAUUCUAGUCGUACUUUUCACGAGUGUUUUGCCACUCAAUCUGUUGUUAACCAUAAUAUGGAUUCAUGUGAUAAAAACUGUACCCCACUCUGCAAUAGGUGUGCGCCUGUAUGUGAACAACAGCCCCAAUACAUCGAAAUGAGAGAUUUGAGACAAAAGGCCCAAAUUGUUGAGUACACGAGCGACUCGACGGGCUAUAACAGUCCUGUCGACACGUUUAUGAACUUAGGUCUCAAAGCCGUCAACACGAGGGACGAUAUCAAGACAGGUGUCGCCGAACGAGUGGUAAACCAUAACCAUAGCUGUGAUUAUGAAGCGAAAGACGGUAUGAAUUGUUGCGCGUCUGACGAGAGCAGCAAAUUGAAUCAAUUUCAAGAUGCGGUCAAACCAUACGAUUCGCUUACAAACCAAGACUCAGAUCUGUCUCAAGCCAAUCAUAAUAAUAAUAGUAACCAAACCUACUCCUCCAUCACCAGCAAAGACCCCACAAACAGAAAUUCAAUUAAUUUCAAGAAAAAGAAAACUAAAGAAUUGCCGACAAAGUUGGCCGAAGAGAUCGAGGGUUAUAUCGGUUACAUAGAAGAUGUGGACGCUUUGGAAGCGCUGAUCAACUCUUCGGGCAACGAGACAGUCAAGUCAUCUGUGAGUGAAGUGAACGCAAACACUAAUGUAAAGGACAAUACGAAGAAGAAAAGCCUUCAAAUGAUGGCAAACAGUGUUUCCAAACGAAAGAACGGCUCCACAAAUGUGACCGCAAAUCAGUCCCAAAACAAUAAGAGUAGUGUUUUGCCAAACAUUCCUCUCUCGACUUCUUCGUCGUCCUUCAGCAGCGAUGAAGCGAAUGGUGUUAACAAACACUCAUUCUUUGCUCAAAGAACUGAUUCUCUAACACACGGAACCACUAGUCCUCUCAACUCCAGCACCGAAUCUAAAGGCAAAACAGCGUUGAAUUCCAACGACUUGGAAGACGAAGAGGUAGAGGAGGAGAAACUAUCGAUGACAACAUUGAAUUCGUCGUCAUUCAUGAUGGGCUCCGGCAUUAGCGCUGACCUGUUGUGCACGGCUUCCGACUCAGAGAUGGCGGACCGCGAGAAGGGUUUCGUCACACCUAAGAGUAAACAUUUCAAACGACGCAAAGGUCUUCAGCGACGGAUUGAUAACCAGAUGAUGAAUAAGUCUCAGUCAAUGCAAUCGUCGACGUCGACCACUCCGUCGUCGUCUACUGUUUCGGGAGUCGGACAGAGAGGGUAUGAAAGCGAACGCGAAUAUCAAUACAUGGAUGACUAUCGGCGCCGUCAGAACAGUAGCUCUGUGUGCAGUCGUCGCAAGUCGUUGUCAUCAGUGCCUCAUUCCGAACACAACUCGGCCUACAAUUCGGACGGAGAGCUGUCCUCCCAUUCGAUGCCUAUUCGUAACGAAUCGCUGAACACAGAGACCGGCAAUUCUGACACACGAACCACCGCUUCGUCGAUAUCAUCGACACCGAAGGCCUCGUACGCCGACAUCGCUAAGACUCCCAACUUUGGCCUCUCGUCGAUUGGUAUUCAUAAAAGAUCUUCUAUGGACGCGAUGUUUGCCACAAAUUCAGUGAAUAGUCCGCUAUCAGUGCAAUACCAAGACUUCCCCCAACUAGACCUCCCGCUCCCACCAGUGGUCGACGUCUCGACCCCUUCCUCGCCGAAUAACUCCAAAAUGAUUGAAGCGUUGGUUUCGCCGCCACAGCCCAAGAGUACGGCCGAAAGACGGACCAGUGAUUCAUGCAGUGCUCCCACAUCUAUGACCAAUACUCCCGUUCCUCACAUUGAGCCACAAAAUGAGUGCCUUUUUAGUGAAACAGUGAAGAACACAGACAAUGAAGUGACAACUAUUGAACAGACAGACGGGUCGACAGUUCCCGCUGUCAUAAUGUGUGACUAUUCCGAAUCCGUGCCAUUGAGUGAUAUCGGAUCCGUUACUUUCGGCUUCUUUGAUGACUAUUUAGGUGCCAAUUCUGAGCAGAACUCUACUGAACCCCAAACCCCACAGAAUCCACAGAACGAUACUCUACUUAAUGAGACACCAAAUGCUUCAGAAAUAAAGGCGAAGAGUCCGAUUAAAACUAGUCCCGAAGCGACCGGUCGUGCGAUUAGCCCUAAACUAAGCCGCGUUGAACUCAUGUAUAUCGAUGUCGACAAAAAGAGUUUCAAUUAUGAACACAUUAUUGGUUUUAUUAAAAAGGCAUGGGAUAACGCAAAAAGUGAUUACAAAUACCGGAGCUAUGAAACGAGUCAAAUAGUAAAAUAAGCAUUUUGUGCCACUUUUUUCACUUAAACGCAUUGGAGUCGUGUUUUUCGCGUCUUUUAAUUUUACAUUUAUUUUGUAAAUCAAUCCUUAAUUGAGAGAAACGUUUUGAUAACUAAAAAAAUAUUAUAUAAACUGUUUUAUCAUUGAUAUCAUCCCAAGAAAAGCAAAUUAUCGUUUUUCUAAAACAAAAAUCUCAUCCAUUUGUCAACCAAAACAACUCAUUGAAAACACAAACACAAUACAGACCUGCGAUUCACUUAUUUCUGUCUCCAUUUUUCUUAAUUAAGUUGUGAAUCAAAGGAUUGGAUUUUUUAAACAAAAAAUACUGACAACUAAUUGAAAACUUACACUUAAGUGACCUUUAUUUUAGUGCGAAAAUCGAUUACAUCUAUCACUUAAACACAACACCGAAACCAA